AUGGUGUACAAUUCGUUGACUGAAGCCCCUCACAACCUCAAGGAGGCUGUAGACUGGUUGAUAGCCCUGAAGGGAACUGAUGCUGGAAACAACUUGGCGGCUUUGGGUGAGGCAGUUCACAAGUUUCUCGCCGAUAAGCCCGUCGGUAGCAUGAAGGUGGCAGCUCUAGAAGAAGUUAAACUUAUUACUAAAGAAUUCCUGAAAAGGCCUGCGCUUAAAGAAAUGUGGCCUGCACAAUCGGUGCUGAGGAGGUUCAAUGAGGUCAUAAAUAAAGAACCAAAAGCCCUACACAGGUGGUUUGGUGAUGUCUACGAUAGCGAUUAUAAAAACAUCAUACAGACCAAGGGUCUAACUCCUGAAACUAUCGCACAGAAACUAGGAAAAGCUGUAGAUGGUUGUGAAAAGUUUUUGGACGGUAUCACAAUCCCCGACCAAUAUGAAUCUGCCUACAGUUCAGAAGCGACUUGGGAUAAAUCGUGUUCCGAAAAGCCGGAAGCGUGCGCAGUGGUCCUAGUGGGGAUCGCACCAAUGUUUUACGUAGGUCUGCGUUCUGUGAAGGUUGCGUGCGACGAUGAAGCCUCCGGGGCAAAAGGAUUUUUGACGAUGAUGAGUUUGGGGAGUGUAUUGCUAGCUACAGGUUACGAGGAAAAGCUAUGGCGCGCUAAAUUGACUACUUCCCACGUCUCUAAGGCGUUGAAAGAUGUAAGUUAUCAAGUGUUGGUCACAUUCUACGACAUAGCUGGCUUCUGGGCGUUCUAUUGGUUUGAGAAUCACGAAUGA